AUGGCCUCCAGUUGCAUAGAUGAUUGUGUAAACAUCAAAAGGGAGGCCAUUUUCGUCCGGACGGUGACGACUUACGCCAAACUCCACAAGUGGCCGAUGGCAGAGGCAGAGUUUGUUCGGUCAAUCAACCACGGUGGUAGCCUGCGUCGUCCAAUGGCGGCUGAUAGCAGAUCUUGUAGGCAAAUGUACCUUAGAAGCUAUACUUUCUCAAGACAAGAGAACCUAGAUGACGGUGGUAGAGGUGGUGGUGGUGACGGAGACUCCGGUGACCGAAGAAACGAAGGAGGGAAAAGGAAGGCAGCAAAGAAAGGUAUGAGGAAGAGCGAAACAACUUCGUGUAGGGCGUUUGUUUUCAGACUCGUAUGGAAAUGUUUUUCUUGUGCAUCUUCUAGUAAGGUCAAUAUUGAUUGA